GUUUGCACACAACAUAAAGUCGCACUGCAUUCUUCUCAUAGACAGUGGCAAAAAUUUCCCGAAGAAAUGGAAAUUACAAAGGCUACCAUCGGUUCUGAUCCGUGGAAAAAUGCAAGUAUAAGAAACAUAAGACUUUCUCAGACAGUUCUCAACCGUAGCGACAAAGCAUGUGAGCUGGGACAGCAGUUGGACCCCUUGCCAUCGCUAAGAGACACUAGUAUACAACAGAGCAAUGCCAGAAUACAUGCCUACGUUCGGGCGACAAGGGCUGUCUUAGUGAAGCUCCGAGAAAGUUUGUUAGACACGAAUGAAGAGAUAAAAUCUCUGUUGAGAGGGAAGGAGGAUUUAGAAAAGACUCUGGAGCAUAUUCGUAAAGAUGUUAUCUUAAACACACGAUCUACGAUGCAACGGCAAACGAGACCGCCACGAGAAAAGGUAACAUGAGGUUGUUAUUGCUCUGCAAUAUUUUAUUUUCAUCCGUGCGCGUUCGCAAUCAUUAGUUCGAAAAUCCCGUUUUGAGAUACUAAGGAAUGUCAUACACUUAAGGAAGAUUAAAUUGAGCUGUAUCGUGAUCUGCAUAAGUUCAAUAUAUUACUCAUUUCCCUAAUUGAUGUCCUUCUCGUCCCGUUGUUCUGUUGUAAGUAAUACUUUGAGAUGAUUCAAAGUUGAUAUUCAACCUAAGUAUUGCUCUCCGCUGAAAGCUGAUAGCUCAACAAAGCGAUGUCGUUUUCUUAAUGAAAUUUUUGAAUAGUCAGAAAAGUUUUUGUUUCAGACACGGUCAGUUGCUAAUGAGAGAAGAAAAUUUCUGGAUGCCCUUUCCGCUAAUGAUGACUGUUCAGCCAUCAUUAAAUUUUUUUUUCAAUGUGGACGGAUUUUGAAAACAGAAAAAUGUGUUUUCGUUCAAUCAGCACAUUGAGUCGACAAUCAAAAGUGUUGAAUCUGAAAUAUUUGUCUUUGUUGAUGAAAUGCAGCUGUAACCAUGCAAAACAAAUCGGUAAUGAUUAUUUAUUUACAUGUUCAUAUACACAGAGUUGACACGAGGGUGUCACUGUAACAUUUUAAGCAUGAGGGGAUUGUGUAAAUGAUACUUUUUUAAACAUUUCUUGAACCCAGCAGGUGAUAAUACCGUGAAAAAAUAUAUUCUGAGAGAUGUCAAUUGCUUUGUCACAAGGUGUUUAAAAAACAUUGUUUACAUUGUUGUAGUCAGUAAGAUUUUUCAGAGGGAUAGCUUUUAUGCUGAGGUGACUACCUAAACUGGCAAUAACCUAAUUAUAGACUCAGAAGGGUUGAGUUCUCAGCUUCUAAAAAGAAAUUACACUGAAUGUGUAGUUAUAAGUGUACUUACAAUGGAACGAACAAAUGUAAAUAAGUAUUUGUCUUUAUUAAAGUUUUUAAUUUUUCUCCUUUAAUAUUUUUUUUUAUUGGUUUUUCUAAUCAAAUGAUGACAUUUUUCUGUCAUGAAAGGACCUUGAUGGAGCAGAUGACCUCCUUGGAGCCGAGCGUAAGCAUUUACUGAAGCUUAAGCGAAUUCUGGAGGCUCAGCUUCGCUCUGUUCAGAAACAGCUUCAAGUGCUUGAUGGAGCAAGGAAAAGGCUCACUGCCUCCUUACAAGAGAGGUCAAGGGUACUGGACCUUAUAUGCCACGCUGUAUCUGCAGUCCGUGGUGCUGGCAUUAAGGAUCAAGCAGAGAAGCCUGUCACACCACCUGUGGAACCACUGGGUCCUUACACUCCUGAAUGUGCAAGGGUGAUUUCAACAGCGGCAGAGGCACGGCAGAGAUCUACUAAUUUGCGUAAGGAAGUUGCGGAAGCCAUUGAACAGACAGUUAAGCUACAGAAGGCAGCUCAUCAAUCUGUGAAUGACGGAUUGACUCAGAAAGUUGCUGAGACAGUCACCAUGAAGGUUGGUUUUGUUAAAAAAAAAUACAUGUACAUGAGCAACUGGGGUUAAAAUUCAUAAUUACAUAAAAAGUAUUCACUGGUUAACAGCCGGCCCUCUCAGUCUUAAAAGUUGGUUAAAUUAGAAAGUGUUUUUCUGUGAGGAAAUGAGAAUAUAUCCAGAAUCUUGACAUGCAUAUAAGGUACUUGAAUAUCUCAACAGCUAGCAUUUGCCCAAUAACCAUAUAAACAGACAAUAAUUAGAUGUUAUUAACUCUUUGAGCAAAAAGUUUCAAUCAGAGAAUGCUGCUUAAUGUAAAAAUUUGAAUUGUUAAUGGUACAACUUAUUAUGCCCUUUAACUCCCAUGAGUGACCAAGACAUAAUUUCUCCUCACAAUAUCAACCAAAAAAGUGAUGAGAAUAAAAAAAAUAUCAAUUUGAGGAUAAUUAAUUGAUCCAAUACUAAAUUAUCUGAACUAACAUUAUGAGAAUUGUAUGGUUGAUUGUAAGGAGAAUAACCAAUUUUAUUUGGGAGUUAAAGGGUUAAUUUAAGUUAACAUACAAUUCCAAGAACCUUUACUAUUUGUUUAAUUUAGGAUCUAAAAUACUAUGGAAACGUUUUGGUUUGUAUUUUACCCUCUGGUGACCAUAGCUGGCCCAAAAUAUUUUUGACAACAUAUUUAUCCUUUUUUUUGUGACAACAGCAACAUCUUUUGGUUGGUGCCGGUGAAACUCAAAUGGCCAUUCAUCGAAGUCAACGCUGGUAUGAUGCCACAGAAAUGGCUCUUGGAUAUACACUGGUAUGUAGAUUUAAUAAUUAAGCUAAACCUUUAAGGAACUAGUGCAUUGUGCUUUUAACUAACAACAGCUAGACCACUUAUAAAAACACCUAAAAGUAUACAGUCAUGAACUACUUUUCUCAGUCCCCAUACCAUCACUGCAAAUUGGCCUUUACUUUUUAGAAAUGGUCUGUACCUUAUUAAUGCUAAGGGCCAAGGGCCCACAAGCCUGAUCUUAUAGUGCUUCCCAAUCUCUGGUUUUAAAAGUUGUGGUCAUCGACAGUAAAACAAGCAGCCAACACAAGCAAGAAAGUUUCAAUGACAACUGAGUUUUGCAAGUUGUUAAGUGAAGAUCUACUUUGAAGAGAGGAUAUAUUUUAUGGACAAGCCUUGAAUUGUUUUAUUUAAUGUAGUCCAGAUAUCCAAGUACUUAUCGUAAACGGAAAUAUGAAAAUUAUAGGAAAGAAUUAAGCUAAGCUAACUUCAAACAUACAUACUAACAUUCUAAACAUUCCUUUACAAAGACAAAAGUUAUGCUAAGACCUAAAAUCAAUGCACACAAAAAACUAUGUCUUCAAAAGGAUAAAUGAGAACUGCUUUAAAACAAACUCUAACACAAACUUCAUAGCCAAGUGGGUAAAUUGGGUAGCAUUCUGACGUAACAUGAACAAUGUAAACCACAUGUCACAAGGUUGCAAAAAAGUGCAAUGAAAAAACUAUUGUGAAACUGGGCAAAACUACCAAAGGCUAAAUAUUUAGACAGACAUAAAGAAAGGAACAUAGGCACUUUCAUAACAGUUGGAGUUUAACCAAACUAACUUCAAGAUAAGGUGGGCAAAACGCUCUUAUGAUAAACACACAACUUAUUGUUUUUCCAAGCCAAGACAACUGACAAAAAUGCAGUUCUGGGUGAAAAUUAAAUGAUCAUGUCCCUAAUGGACAAACAAUAACAUCAUUAUGGUGCAGUCUAACAUAAUGUAACAUGAAUCAAACUUGUAGUGAAUCAAUGUCCAGUGAUUUUCUGGAUAACAACUACCGGUAAUUAAAUCGCUGUUUAAUAACCGUACAUUAUGGCGUUAUUAAAGAGUUAAAUACAAAAGUUUUAAUUUUUCACACCAAAAGAUUGUGAGUUCUCAAAUAAUCAAAAGACUCUAUAAUAGUCUUCGGUCAGUGCAUAGAGUGUUUGGAGAUCGGCAAGUAUUACAUAAUUGUAAGGCAUAGCAGCCAUAACACAAAGACAUUUUCUGUAUGAAACUGAUAAUCCUUAAAGGACCUCUUGCUUUAACCUUCCUUGUACUACUUCAUCUAUCUCAAGCUUUUCUCCUCGUAUUACAGGGACCUGUUGCUUAUUCUGACCUUACCACUCGUGAGCGUUUGGACCGUCCAGCAGUGCAAGUCUACCAACGUCAUCCUGGUAACCAAUUGCCUGAGGCUCGUGAGAUUGUUAAGGGAGGAGAAGGUCUGCAGGUGUCUUUGAAUGCCACAGCUCGUAAUGUUGGUCUCUUGAGACUUACCAAAAAGAGAGUUGAUGAUGAUGCAAGGGAUAAACACCGUGCUGCCUUGAUUGAUGCUAGUGUUACCCGUAUGCGUAGACGUUUAGGAAAUCACCGUUGGGUGAUCAAUGGUGUUGGGUGUUAA